CCGCUUUGCUUUGCUGUCAAACUCCCCAUCCAAAAAAAAAAUCUCUCUCCGGAAUCGCGUCCACCGAAAACUUUCCAAUUUCUUCCGUGUCCCGAAACGCGCGCCCAGAACCGUCUUUCCCCCGGGGGCACCCUAGUUCGUGUGUAGUAGAUUCGCCGCCGACUGAAAGAAAGUGCAAUGGAUCGCUUCGGGGUUGUUUUGCUGGCGCUGGUCGGCGCCACCGCACUGUUCCAGACGGCCCAGGCCAUCAUGUUUGGGCUGGAACCGAACACCCAGAAAUGCCUCAAGGAUGACAUGCAGGGCAACCAGAUCGUGGCCGGCGAGUACGAGGUGACGGGCGCGCCCGGCCAGAAGAUUAACUACGUGGUGCGGGACAGCAAGGGCCACAUCAUGUCCCAGAAGGAGGACAUCAGCAAGGGCAAGUUCACCUUCACCAGUGAGAUGUACGACACGUUCGAGAUUUGCUUCAUCUCGCAGGUUCCGCCGACGCACCGCGGCGUGAACCAGGAAGUGUCCCUCGACAUCAAGAAGGGCAUCGAGACGAAGAGUUACGAAGGGCAGUUUAUGAGUGCUAUCGGUGAGGCGGCCAAGCUCAAACCGCUCGAGGUGGACCUGAAGCGCCUGGAGGAUCUUUCCGAUGCGAUCGUGCAGGACUUUGCGCUGAUGCGAAAGCGCGAGGAGGAGAUGCGCGACACCAAUGAGAGCACCAACAGCCGCGUGCUGUUCUUCAGCAUCUUCAGCAUGUGCUGCCUGCUGGGGCUGGCCACGUGGCAGGUGCUCUACCUGAGAAGGUACUUUAUCGCCAAGAAGCUGAUCUAAUUCGCGGGAAGAGUGGGAAGCGGGGUCAGGAAGAGGAGCCGUGCUUAGAAGAAAUAAAUCAACUUUUUGGAGAAGACAGCGCAUCAAUCUGAGAAAGAGAGAGAAAACAAAAGUUGAAGAUCUGUGCUUUGAUACGAAUUGCGGGGGUAUUAAAUAAAUUGAGACGGGGUUCAAAGAGGGAACAAACAAAACAAA